ACACUGUGGCAACCAUAUGAGUGACGCAUGUGUUUUCAUGUUCUAUUUACAUUUCUUUUUCUAUUUACCCUUUUAAAUCCUUCAAUUCCUCAAUCAAAAUCAUGACGAUGAUCCAAAAAACGACAUAGCUUUCAUCCUUGUCUUCUUCUUUUUCUUCUUCCUCCUCCUCCUCCUCCGCCCCUUGAAAUGGACACCUGAUUCAAUUUCCCUCUUUCCACGCCCAACCCAUCACCAAUAUCCCUCAAUUCUUACAUGGGUUUUCCCAUUUUUGCAAAUUUCUCUACUUCCUAAUCUUCCUCCUCUGUCUGGUUCAGGUUUUUCUACUCUGUUUCUGUUCUUUCAGCUCUUUUUCUUCAGUAUUUGGAAAGCUUGCUGGACUGUUUUUGUUUCUCAAUUCUCAUAGUUUGUUACUGUUUCCUGAUAUUUUCUUAGUUGCUAAGUUAGAGAAAGAGUUUGGGAUUUCGGUGAUUGAAAUCGAUGUCGUUCCACGAGAUUCAUUCAUGGACUUUGUCUGGACUAAUCAGAGCUUUUCUUGACCUAACUGUUGUUUAUUUUCUUUUGUGCGUGUCGGCCACUGUGUUUAUCCCAUCCAAGAUUUUGAAACUUGUUGGGUUCUGCUUGCCUUGUCCUUGUAGUGGAUUUUAUGGGAAUUACAACGCUAAUUUGUGUUUUCAUAGACUAAUUGUUAAUUGGCCUAAGAGGAAAAUCUAUUUGGUGCUGGAUUUGGUCAAGAAUAGGUUUCCUUUUGAUUUGAUUUUGAUGGAUGAACAAAUGAGGAAUUCGAAUAGGAAUUUGUUAAGGGAGAAUCAUCAUGUAGAUGGAAUUUCUCAAUUUCAAUCUGAGGUAUGCUGUAGUACUUUUUCUGCCCCAAGGUUACAAAAUCUGGUUGAUAAAGAUAGUGAAUAUGAUGGUAAGGGUAAGAGGAUUAUGUACCAGAGGCCAAAGACUAAAAUCCGACGUCGGAGGAGAGCUGCCAUGGACAAUGGGAAAUUGUCCAAGGGAAUCUGUGAGGGGAAUGAAACUGGAAAGGAAAGGGAAUUUGUGGCAUUGGUUGAGAGACAAGACUUUAUUACAGAUGAUGUUAAUGAAUCAAAUCACAUGGACUUAGGUCAAAGAACCUGGCAAGGCUUCGAAUCAAGUGGUUCAUUCGGCGAAAAUAAUCAUAUGAAUAAAAGUUCUUCCACUAUGGGACAAGGUACCAGUAAUGCUGAAGAGAGAGACAUUAUUAGAAAUGAAGCAAGUUCUAUUAGAUUGUUGGAGCAGGCCCUUGAAGAAGAGAGAGCUGCUCGGGCGUCUCUGUUUGUGGAACUGGAGGAGGAGAGAGCUGCUGCUGCUACUGCUGCUGAUGAAGCAAUAGCCAUGAUAACGCGUUUGCAGAAUGAGAAGGCAUCAGUUGAAAUGGAAGCAAGGCAAUAUCAUAGGGUUAUAGAAGAAAAAUUUGCUUAUGAUGAAGAACAGGUGAACAUCCUUCGAGAGAUCCUUGUCAAGAGGGACAUAGACUAUCAUGUCCUGGAGAAGGAAAUUGAAGCGUAUAGACAGAUGGAUUUUUCAGAAAAGGAACAGUUAAAAAUGAACUGGGAUUUCGUAUUGGACGAACAUAACGAACAGUCUCCCACAGCCCAUUACUCAAAUGGAGAUCCACCCAUUGUUCAUCAAAUUGGAAAUGCUAUUUCAUUUUCAAGGAAAGCAAAGUUGAACGAAACUAACAGUUGUACCUCUCAAUGUCAUUUUAAUGAAGAAGGCUUUCUUAAGCAAACUAUAUGGAUGGAUAAAAACAAUGAACUGAAGGAUAAUAGCUUAUUAUGUGAUCACAUCGCUAUUGAGGCAGCUCCGCGUUGUGGUGGUUUUGAUAAAAGCUUUCUUUCUCGUGGGGCACUUCAAGAAAGUUUGGAGCACAUGGAUCACGCAGUCAAUGAUUUAGAAAGUUCCAUCCUUGAUAUGGAAAUAGAUGUUCAAGAUAUUCAUGUGAUUGAUGAAAAACUUCACAUGGAAGACACAAAAAAGGAGAAAAAAGUUGAUAAUUGAUUCACCUGGCAUCAAAUGGUCCUAAAAGUAUAUGCUCUCUCACCUUUGGAACAUCUAAUGCCUAGAGCACGGUUUGACCAUCUAAAUCAACCAUAGAAGUAGAACUUAGGCUGUUUACUUUUCCAUAGUUCGGUGCAAUGUGCCCCAGAAGAAUUUUUUCUUCGGUAAAUAUUGGAAGGUUGUUGUAGAGCUGUGGGGUCAGAAGGGUCAGAACUUCUCCAUUUAUGAAGAAAAAGAAUAGAGCAUAAUGGAAUUUCCUGUUGAAAUAUCAAACUCCAAUAUAUUUGACGGCUUGGAGAUCCUUUUUAACAGGUUUCAUUAACCUUUUCUGUUUUAAGGUCAGGAGGCCAAGACUCAUAUAUGGAUUGUAAUUACCAUUCUGUGAAGAAAAACUUCUGUAUAGUUUUUUUUUCAGUUAUAUUUGUAAACAGUUUCCUUUGUAAAUUGAUUGUAUCUCUAGCUCCUAGCUUCUUCUCUUUGAGAUAGGUGCCAUGUCUCGAUUACAUUUUGUGUUUGUGAAUAUGUUCCUUCAAGCAAAACAAAAUCAGUUACUUCAAGCAAAACAAAAAUUGUUAAUAUAUUGUCCAAAAUUUUCUUCCAA